GGUGCCGUUCACCGGCAAAGGGCGGGGCGUGGUGGUAGCAGUAGCAGCUGCCUGAAGGAGAGUCGCCGGCCUUUGCGGACAUCAUCACAUCCCUGAAAGCAGCAGGGUCGGUUGCGAGCGACGCCCCGGCACUCCAUGCGCAAGAUGCUGCUGGCCGCGCUCUCCCGCCUGCUGCAGGGCCCGGCGGCCCAGAGACCGGGAGCUGUUAGUGAGGUUGCUCGUGUGGUCGUUGCCUCUCGUAAUUAUGCAGAUUUUGCAAAUGAAGCUACAUUUGAUAUUAAGAAAUCUGAUCUCCAUCGCUUGGAAGAGGGGCCGCCUGCCACAAGUGUGAUGACUCGAGAGCAGGGUUUGCAAUAUUAUAAGACUAUGCAGACUAUUCGGCGCAUGGAGUUGAAAGCAGAUCAGUUGUAUAAGCAGAAGAUUAUUCGAGGCUUCUGUCAUCUAUAUGAUGGUCAGGAAGCUUGCUGUGUUGGACUUGAGGCUGCCAUAAAUCAAACAGAUCACUUGAUCACUGCCUACCGGGCUCAUGCCUUUACGUAUACUCGUGGUGUUUCAGUCCGAGAAAUCCUUGCUGAGCUCACAGGUCGGAAAGGUGGAUGUGCUAAAGGUAAAGGAGGCUCAAUGCAUAUGUAUGCUAAGAACUUCUAUGGUGGUAAUGGUAUUGUUGGUGCUCAGGUUCCUUUGGGAGCUGGUAUUGCUUUGGCAUGCAAGUACUUUGGCAAAGAUGAGAUCUGUGUGACGUUAUAUGGUGAUGGCGCUGCCAAUCAGGGGCAAAUAUUUGAAACGUUUAACAUGGCAGCACUGUGGAAGCUGCCAUGCAUUUUUAUCUGUGAGAACAACAGAUAUGGAAUGGGUACUUCCGUAGAGAGAGCUGCAGCCAGUACAGACUACUAUAAAAGGGGAGACUUUAUUCCAGGGCUUAGGGUUGAUGGCAUGGAUGUUCUUGCUGUAAGGGAAGCAUCAAAAUUUGCUGCUGACCAUUGCAGAUCAGGAAAAGGUCCUAUUGUGAUGGAAUUGCAGACAUAUCGUUAUCAUGGACACAGUAUGAGUGACCCUGGAGUCAGUUACCGUACAAGGGAAGAAAUUCAAGAAGUGAGAAGCAAAAGUGAUCCCAUUACCCUUCUGAAGGAUAGAAUGGUGAACAACAACUUAGCUAGUGUGGAAGAGUUAAAGGAGAUCGAUGUGGAAGUAAGGAAGGAGAUUGAAGAUGCAGCACAGUUUGCCACAACUGAUCCAGAACCACCUCUGGAAGAGCUAGGCAAUAAUAUCUAUUAUAAUGAGCCACCCUUUGAGGUACGUGGCCCAAAUCAGUGGAUUAGGUACAAAUCUGUUGGCUGAAUUGAGAAUUUUAACACCAGCAGCCAGCUAACUGAUGGAUUUGGUUUUUGGGGUUUUUAAAAAAAAAAAUAUAUAUAUAUAUAGGGGUCUAAUUCUUGUAUCUUGUCUAAGAAAAGAGAAAAAGACUUGUUCAUAUAGGUGGAAAAUUUGUUUGGCAGCGAAUGUGACACUGUAUUCUGAAAGCUACUCAAAUAACUGAAUUAAGCAAUGUUUCUGUAUACUUAGUAAUGAUCUUGGAUUGUUGUAUUUAUCAAAGUUAAUCAAUUAAAAAUCCCAUUAUGUACAGUUGAAUAAUUGGCACAUUAAAAGUUUCCUAAGCAGUGUUA